AUGUCGGGAACUCCAGUCAUAUUCUCCACAGUCAUGUGGGCAUCCAAUGAUAACCAUGGUCCUCUGGUCACCCGCCGUCGUGGUUCUGGAACGAUGCCGUAUGCGGUGCGGGGAACACAGCCGUGCAUCGCUUCUCGUCGUGGCUCAAUCGACUCACGAGGCCGUCGACGCUCAGUUUGCACCGCCCCGGCCAAUAACAACACGAUCGGUCAUGCCGUCCAGCCCGAUAAGGCGGCGCCUAAAUCAGUCAGGUGGGAUCCCAGCGUGGAUAAAUACCCAGAGGAGGAAGCGCAGGAGAACAAGAUUCGCAUGCCAGUACCCGUCCCAGUAAACUCUUCCGUCUCCAAGUCUGCUUCGCCCCCAGCCUGUCGUCCAUUCCGCAUAAUUGACCUUCCGGUUUACCACCGGGAUGAUGUUCGCACGGAGCUCAAUGAACGUCUUUUGAAGACGCUGAACGACGUCGUGCCACUCAGCCAGAAAUACCCUCUCAUGGCUCCGGCAGCUGCUUACAUUCAGGAUGAACUCUAUGCCAUUGCUCAAGAUUUGGCCGAAAUCAGCUAUUCCCGCCAAACAUACAUUGCUGAUAACAUUCCUGAUGUCCUGCGUCGCAUUCGUCGUCUCGCCGGUAACAUCUACGUCCUGCCCUCCCCUCCGACUCAAGAUGAUGUCUACAGGCUCUUGUCUCUAGCCAACGAUGCCCGCCAAAUCCGCAUAGCUGUCGCUUGA